UUGGCCAGGGGCUCUUCCCGCCCACAACUACGUUUGGGAGCGGAGUAGUAUCUGAAUGGAGCAGCUGGGAGCGAGUGAAGAAAGAUAAAAUAAGUAUCAGAGCCAGGAGUGGAGAGCACAGCAUCCGAUACACUGCGCCUGCAACGAGCGAUGAGCUGCCUCCCCGACACGCACGCCAUGCUUGACAAAAUGGAAGAAGAUGAGAGACGGCAGCGCAGAGGGUCCUUGUGGAACGCAACCACGGAGAAAGGACACUUCGAAGCAGUAGAGGCGCUCAUGUACAUGAGCAACCGCUGGAAGUCCGAACCCAAUAAGUAUGUCGAGAUAAGGCCGGUUACUCCAGCGUCCGACCUGUCUGAAAAUGAAGAUAUCGUGAUGAUGAAUGCACCGGAGUUCCAUCCUGUCCCUGCCUUUUGUUUAACACCUCCUUACAGCCCCCCGGAGUUUGAGAUGUCUCCUCAGUCAAUGUCUCCGGCCCCAGUUAUGGAAAAAUGCAAGCCGUUCACUAGCUUGACUCGUAGUAAUCAAGCAGUGGACAUUAAAGAGCCGUCUGCCGUAACAUCGCAGCAAAAAGCUCAGGUGACAAGCGUGAUUCGCCAUACAGCAGACGCUCUGCACUACAGCCAACCUCCGGCGGUCCCAAACAUGUUCCGGGCCAAUCCCGCGAACAAAGUUCUACGUGAGCGAGAGGAAUCUUGGAUGAAAAGUGCGCCCAGUCUUGUUGCACAGCCACAUCCGGCUUCAAACAAACAAAGAGAAUUGUGUCAUAAAGACAAAAUUAAAGUGGAGACACAGAAUGUGCCUUGCUUUCAGCAGGUGCAGAAUGACUGUUUCCCAACUGCCUGUCAGAUUAGUGUCAACAAUGGUAUCCACGAGCCAUCUCCUCCAGACACAUGUCUUAUUCCACUGCAAACCCAAUCGCCUCCACUGUUCGUAUCCACCCCUGUUGGCACCGGUGGGGUUUCGCAGAUGCCAGUCUUGUGUCAGAUGGUCCCCUUCUCUUCAAACAACUCGGUAGUGACUACAGUAGUUACCAAUUCACAGCCGGCUCCGACCCAAACAGUCGUGCAACCCUUAUUUUACAUGGGAACACAAGUGCCUAAAGGAGCGGUGAUGUUUGUCAUGCCACAGCCAGUUGUGCACAAUGCAAAGACUCUCUUGACCGGCUGCACUAAGCUGUCACCCAUAGCCCCCGCACCCGGUAUUGUGCCUUCUGAAACAAAGAUCCUUUCACAUACAGACAACUUGCGCAUCCGAAGUCACAUCUGCAGUCACGCCGGCUGCGGGAAGACUUACUUCAAGAGCUCCCAUUUAAAGGCACACAUGCGAACGCAUACAGGAGAAAAGCCCUUCAGCUGUAGCUGGGAAGAUUGUGACCGUAAAUUUGCUCGCUCUGAUGAGCUCUCCCGCCACCGCAGAACACACACCGGGGAAAAGAAGUUUGCAUGUCCGAAAUGCGACCGGCGUUUUAUGCGCAGCGAUCACCUGGCAAAACAUGCAAGACGUCACCUCUCGACAAAGAAGCUGCCUACCUGGCAGAUGGAGGUGAGCCGGCUUAGUGACUUAGCUGUGCCACAAGCCUCGGCUCCUGUUCAGUGAAACCAAAAACAGGGUUAACUCUGCAACCAAAUGUUCUUUACUCGUCCAAGGCCUCGGCCCGGACGUAAAAUCACUUCAGCUGUUCGCUGUGAAUAUGGUUAGGACUCCAACUGCAAGACAAAAACAGAGUUGGUGACCGGAUGACAGCAGUCACCGAGUGUCUCGGAUUCCUGAGUUUGUUGCACUGAAGAAGUGGAUAAUGCAGUAACAAUAUAUGUGCACAUAAGUGUUUCUUUUCACUGACAAUAAUGCAGCCAAAUACUUUUUGCAUUAUUGUAACCAUCUCAUUAGUGUAAGCGAUUGCUCUGGCUGGAGCUUACAAAACAUUUAUGGUAUGUCCUGCUAGCUUGUGAGUGUUGAAAGGUUCCCCCCCCCCAGCUGGUACCAAAAGGCCUGGCUACAAUUUUACUCCUAUAGGUUCUGAAAAGUAUACCCAUAAGGUAAAGCGGUAUCAACAGAGACUGCUAGUGCUUGUACAUAUAUUUAAUUAAAAGACAUUUUCUUAUAAUUAAGUAAAAAAAAAUUAUGUAUUUGCUGUUUUAUUUGGUGCAUGUUUUUCUAUUUUCACAGAAUC